AUGUCGGACGAGAACGAGGCCAAGACGCCGGGUAAUACGGCCCAAGAGGCAGUGGAAGCCUCAGACAACGACCAAAGCCUUCCACAAGCUGCUCAGGCCGUAUCAACUGAAACGUCACACGGCUCGGGAAUUCUUCCUCCACAGCACUGGCAGCAGGCCACCAUAGACGCAGAUGACACGGCAGAUGCAGAUGCAGCGCUGGAGGGCAAUAUUAGUUCGACGGGAUCCAUCGCGUCUAGUAUCCUGAAGUACCGCACUAUCCUUGGGAGGACAUUCCAUAGUGAACAAGGCGAUGCACAUUACUGGGGUGCCAACGAUGAGCGGCAAAACGAAGCCAUGGAUAUCAACCACCACUGCCAGACGCUCCGCCUUGAUGGAAAGUUGUUUCUUGCUCCACUGAGAAAUGAUAUCAAGAAAGCUGUCGACAUUGGAACCGGAACAGGUAUUUGGGCCAUUGAUUUUGCCGAUCAAUUUCCUGAUUGCGAGGUCAUCGGAACCGAUAUAUCGCCUAUCCAGCCAAGUUGGACCCCUCCAAAUCUUCAAUUCCAGAUCGACGACUGCACCAAGGAGUGGACCUUUCCUGAAGCUUCACUCGACUAUGUUCAUAUCCGUUUCUUGACCGGAUGCAUUGCUGACUGGGAAGCUCUCAUCAAGGUUGCUUAUCGAUGCCUCAAGCCCGGUGGCUAUAUCGAAAGUAUGGAGCCGUCGGCUUACAUACAGAGCGACGACAACACUAUUGAACCAGAUAGUGCCAUGGGUCAAUGGGGCAAGAUUUUUGUCGAGGGUGGCAGUAAGAUGGGACGGCCUUUUACAGUGGUUGAGGAUGAACUUCAGAACAAGGCUCUGGAGAAAGCAGGCUUUGUUGAUAUCCAGGAGAAGAAGCACAAGUCUCCAAUAGGCAGCUGGCCCAAGGAUGAAAAGCUCAGAGAGAUUGGCCAGUAUGCUCAACUAUCCAUGGAGCAAGACUUUGAGGGGCUCAUCCUAUUCAUGACAAACGUCCUUAGUGGCUGGAGUAGGGAGGAAAUCCAGGUUUACAUAACCCACCUGCGUCGAGAGAUUCGCUCAGGAAAGAAGCAUGGCUGGUAUUGGCAGAAGGUUGUGUGGGCUCGGAAGCCGGUUUCGGCUUAA